GUAUCGUUUUUAGUUCUGGAAAACAAUGGAAAGACCAGAGAAAGUUUACCAUGUCAGCACUUCGGGAACUAGGAGUAGGCAAAAAAGUUCUGGAAGAAAAGAUAUCUUUAGAAACCCAGAGAUUAGGCGAAGCUUUUCAAUCUCAAAAUGGUAAACCGUUCUCCUUAAAUAAACAGUUGCCACUCUUCACUUCGAGUGUCAUAUACAAUAUCAUAUUUGGUAAAAGGAUCAAAUACAGUGAUUCUGAGUUUCAGGAGAUCGUUCAACAUUUUCAAGAUGUGUUCAAAUAUAUUGGUGUAUUUGUACCAGAAAAUUUCUUUCCAUUCAUCAGAUUUUUUCGGUGGAAUUCUUCCAUAGAAAAGGUUAUAAGGAAGCAGGAGAAGGUCCGAAGUUACGUAAAAUAUAAAAUCAUAGAACAUAAAGAAACGUUUAAUGCUGAAAACAUAAGAGAUUUCAUUGAUAUGUAUUUGCUGACGCUUGAGAAGGAACCAAACAGUGAAACGUUAACUGAUGAGAAUUUGUUCCACACAAUUUGCGAUUAUUUCUGCUGGAACCGACACAAACUGCUAGAAGAAGUGUCGAGAAGAAUUGUACAGAUCACCAAUCAGACCAGACCUGUUACAAUGGAAGACAAACCACAUAUGACAUACGUUGCAGCAACUCUUCUUGAGGUUCACAGAAUUGGGACAAUUGCUUCUGUAACUAUCCACACACCGCUGAAGUCCAAACAACUCUUCAAGGUUAUGAUAUUCCAAAAGGUCCAAGAAUGUGUUCAGGAAUGUCAUAGCCAAUACGGAAGCUUUCCUGGCUUUACAAACAUCUACAGAAAUUUCAGUUGGAAAGACCUGACGAAACACCAAUGA